UAAGAAAUGGAGCGCAAGCAGGGGUUCUUCUCGGCGUUGAAGGAAGACGUGUUUCGGGGAUUUUCUCCGGCGAGGAGGAGGAGGAGGAGGAGUAUCAUCAAUAGCAGCAGCCAUUUCGUCUCUAGAUCCACCCUGACGCCGCUGAUGGAGGGUCCGGAUACGGACGGGGAGCAACCGAAGCGGGUCGGGUCAGGAAUCUGCCGGUGGGUGAAGGGACAACUCACGCGAACUCCCUCCGUCUCCGACCUCGAUCUCCGGCUGCUAAUGGGCGCCCCUCUCGCGCCGGUGCACGUUAGCACCUCCGACCCUCUCCCUCUUCUCACCCUAAACGACAUUAUCAAAACCUCGUCUGCCCAGUACAUUCUGCAGCAGUAUAUUGCGGCUUCCGGAGGGCAGAAAAAACUCCAGAAUUAUUCAGUCAAGAACGCUAGUUACGCCAGGGGAAAGCUUAAGAUGUUGUGUUAUGAGAUCCAAACUCCUACUACGAAAACAGUGAAGAAGAGUAGAAAUGGUGGGUUUGUGAUCUGGCAAAUGAACCCAGACAUGUGGUUCAUGGAGCUUGCGAUUGGAGGAACCCAGAUUCAUGCAGGCUGUAAUGGCAAGAUUAUGUGGCGGCAAACUCCAUGGCUGGGUGCUCUCCCGGCAAAAGGACCCGUUAGGCCACUGCGACGAGCCCUUCAGGGUCUGGAUCCAAAAACAACCGCUACUAUGUUUGCCAAUGCUAGAACCAUAGGAGAGAAGAACAUCAAUGGCGACGACUGUUUCAUCCUCAAGCUCUCUUCUGAUCCUCAGACAUUGAAGGCCAGGACUGAAGGAUUAUCAUCUGCAGAGAUCAUAAGACACGUCGUUUUCGGAUACUUCAGCCAGAAGUCUGGGCUCCUCGUACAUAUCCAAGAUUCUCAGCUCACCCGCAUCGAAUCGAAUGGGGAAGAUCCAGUGUAUUGGGAAACAACCAUAAGCUCUUUCCUGGACGAUUACCGUCCGGUUGAAGGAAUCAUGAUUGCCCACUCUGGUCGGUCUACUGUGACUCUCUUCCGGUUUGGGGACACGGCGGUGAGCCAUACGAAGACCAGCAUGGAAGAAGCUUGGACAAUUGAAGAGGUGGGCUUCAACAUUCCAGGCUUAUCAUUAGACUGUUUCAUCCCCCCUGCUGACUUGAGACAAUCAGCAUCUUUAAACCAAUCGUUUCAACUUCCUCAGAACGAAAGCGAUGAUAGGAAUUCAAUUGCAGUUGCAGCUCAGUGUGAUAUGAUGGCAGUGUUGAUAAUGUGA